GCACCAUCAUUGGUCGUCGUCCCAUCCCAUCGGCAUGACAUUCAGGGAGGAAGAGUUUCUUGCAGGAAUGGACAACUAGUCACGUACACAAUGCUGCUUUAACACACUCGCAACUUCGAGAUGGGAGCUGAUUAAAGACUAACGAGCGUGACACAGUUGCCGUCGAAAUCUGAUGUUGGGUGUCGCCGCCCGGAGGAUCCAGCACGGGCAGGAUGCAGCAGAAGAGGAACAUCCAGAUCAUAGAAUGGGAGGACCUGGACAAGAGGAAGUUCUACUCCUUCGGGGUCUUCAUGACCAUGUCCAUCCGCGCCACCGUCUACCCGGCCACGCUCAUCCGCACGCGCCUGCAGGUGCAGCGGGGCCGCUCGCUCUACAACGGCACGCUUGACGCCUUCGUGAAGAUCCUGCGCGCCGAGGGCGUGCGCGGCCUGUACCGCGGCUUCAUGGUCAACACCUUCACGCUCAUCUCCGGCCAGGCCUACAUCACCACCUACGAGCUGGUGCGCAAGUACGUGUCCGCCUACUCCGCCAACAACAGCGUCAAGUCGCUGGUGGCGGGCGGCUCGGCGUCGCUGGUGGCCCAGAGCAUCACGGUGCCCAUCGACGUCAUCUCGCAGCAGCUGAUGAUGCAGGGCCAAGGCGAGCACCUGACGCGCUUCAAGAUCAAGCCCCGCAUGGCGGCGGCGGCCGGCGGCAAGCACAAGGUCACUUUCGGCCAGACCAGAGACAUUAUCGCCCAGAUCUUCGCCACGGACGGGCUGCGCGGGUUCUACAGGGGCUACUUGGCCUCGCUGCUCACCUACAUCCCCAACAGCGCCGUCUGGUGGCCUUUCUAUCACUUUUACGCAGAGCAGCUAUCGAAACUGGCCCCCAGUAAUUGCCCUCACCUGCUCCUGCAGGCCAUGGCCGGGCCUCUGGCUGCAGCCACUGCCUCCACUGUCACCAAUCCCAUGGAUGUCGUCAGAGCCAGAGUCCAGGUUGAAGGCCGGUCCUCCAUCACGCGGACGUUUAAGCAGCUGAUAAAGGAGGAGGGCUUCUGUGGCAUGACCAAGGGACUGUCGGCCCGCAUCAUCUCCUCCACCCCUACCGCCAUCGUCAUGGUGGUCGGCUACGAAACGCUGAAAAAAGUCAGCCUACGCCCCGAGCUGGUGGAUUCCAGACACUGGUAGACACGCCAGCGCACAGACCUGUCUGGUGUGUCUUUGUCUGUCUGUCUGACUGGUAGAGACUACGCAGACCUGUCUCGUGUUCUGUGUCUCACUGGUAGAGACUGAGGCUGGCACGCAGACCUGUCUGGUGUCUUUGUCUGUCUCACUGGUAGAGACUACAAGGCACACAGACCUGUCUGGUGUCUUGUCUGUCUCGCCACCCACCCAGAAGAGCCUGUACUACCAACCACCCACCUCUGUAUCCCCCGUAAUGACUACUCCAGUCCGCACCCAAUGUCCAUCAUCCUCAUCUUGUCAGUCAGCCUUUUAACUAUGUUGCCUUGUGAUUGAUAACUCUCUGAGUGAUUGAGACCAUUUUUACUUUUUUUUUUUUUUUGCUUGAAGGAAAGAAGAGAUAGGAAAGCUUUUGUGUUGCAAGCAGAUUUAACAACUUUUCUUUUUUGUGAGCAACGGCUAGCUUCUUCAAAGUUGCACCUGACAAACUUGACUCCUGAGGGUGUGAUGUGUGUAAAAUGUGGGUGUUUCUCAGUCUUGCUCAUCCAUUUUCAACCAUGAAACAGCUGUAAAUAUUUUUAAACAAGACAACAGGGAUUAGGUACACACGCAAGUUACUCUAAAUUGACUGCCAGUGAUGAAUGAAAUGUUAUGCCGUGACAUCCCGUUUUAAAAUUGGAUACCGAUUCAAGAGUUAUAGUUUUAUAAAUUGUACAGUUGUAACGUGACCAGCAUCCCCAUUCCAUCGGUGUGUGUAUAAUAGUUGUUGAAGUGGGUGUUGAAUGUGUCCGCGCCACAAUUUCUGAUUUGUUGUAAACUGUUGUUGCACACAAAAAAAGAUAUCUACUGUUAACUGAAAUGACCAAACAUAUGAUUUUGCUAUUUGUUGAAGAAGGAAAUUUGGAGGGUGAUGUCGGGAAGGGAUUGAAACAUGGAUCAGACCAAAGAUUGGUCCCCAGGGGAGAAAUCAUGUCCUUUCUCUAGCGGCAGUAGUCCAUACAGUAGUACGAUGUGUUGUGUGUUUGUUUUGUGUGUGUGCAGAUAUGUCAAUUGUAUGGGUGUGUUUUUUUUUCUGCAAUCACUGUAAAUAUGGAAGAAUUUUUUAAGUACUGCUGCUGUCCCGAAUUAUCUUUGAAAUGAAUUUGACCCAUACUGAUCAUUUGCAAAGAUUCCUGUAUGUCAGCUGGUUGCAGACAAUAUGUGUGUUUGAAUCUGCCUGUAUGUCUGGUUAUUUUUGCCCAAUACGAAAGAAUAUAGUAUACUGCUUCUUCUCACAACAGAUUUUGUUUUCCACUGUGACACCAACUCUCCCUCCUCUGGUAUACGAUGUAGUGACGGUAGUACAAAGUGGCCUCAACUGUCAGUGAACCGUUUCAGCUCAUGGACCAUUUGUAUAGCCCCAGGUGUUCCGAUUGGACCUUCACAGUGGAACGUUAUGGCCUGGAAAAGAACACGGGAUUGGAAUGAGCCGAGUAGAUCGUUGUGCUGUAAUUCCGUUUGUGUCCUGCAGAGGGCAGCGUGAGAAAAGGCCUGAGAGCCACAGAUCAGGGCUGUGCACUGAGGACUGAACCAAUAAACCUUACCCACUGAUCAGAUUA